AUCACUAUUCCAACGUUUACGGCAAUCAUCAUGAAGAGCCAACUUGCCUUUCUCCUGACGGCGUUGAGCACCGUCUCCGCCGGCCCCUGUAAAACUGCCACCACCACCGCUCCGUCACCUACGAUCGCCCCUUCCUGCACCUUUACAGGUACCCAGACACAAUGGGCCACCAGCGGAUGUGAUCUCUCCUGUGACAUGAGCGGUUUCUGCAUCUGGGACGCUGCCAUCACUAAGUCUUGCGGCUGCUCAUCUGUACCGAUCGUGACGACGACCGUCACCCUUUGCCCGACGAGAACGCCGUGUCAGCAGUGCACUACUGGUUGGGGCAUUGCCACGUAUACGCAACCUUGUGAGGCUACUGCGACUCCUUGA